UGAAUACUAUGAAAAUAGCAUCAAAAUAAACAAGAUUCCCAUGCAGACAAAAACAUUCUGUUUUUCAAAAUCUUCUACCAUCUGUGAGCGGCAUGGAAAAGGAUCGUGUGAAGCACUCCACUGAUGACCACUAUGGUCCUACAACAACGACUGGGCAACCAAAGAGCUUGGCUGGCCACUGGGAGCAUGGAGAAAAACAUCCACACAGUGAACAUCUGCAGACAGAAAGGACAUCUGACCAGCUGCUCAAGAUUUCUGCAGCACCCCCCGCAACCCCAACAAAUGAUGCCAAGAGUACCUCUGAGCCUGCUGUCUCUGCUGCUGCGAUAUGCCAUAAAGUCAAAGUGGGCAGGAGCAGGAAGUUGCUGAAGCCUCGUAAGGUGUCCAAUGAAGAGACCCAAGCUGAGGGCAACCCAACAAUUUCUCAAGGUGUUCUAGUGAGCAGACUUAAACCACCCACCUCAAGCAGGCACACUCUGCCCUGCAAAGAGAUCAAGAGGACAGGGCGUUCUGCUGUCCCCCUCAUACAAAUCCCGUCUAAGACAGGGAAAGGAAAAACAUGUGGUCAUCUGCAGAGAAAAAGAGUGGCACCUUGUAACUGGACAUCACCAAAUAAUGGCACACCUAUCCUCUUUCAGCCAGAGAGCCCAUCGAUUCAUUCGGUGAUUUCAGAGAGAAAAAAAAGUGUGCCACAGUCAAAGGAUGACAAGGCCAUCAAAAUCCCACCAGCUCUCCCAGAGCCAACUCACCCCCUGGCCUCUUCUCAAACCACCCCCAGCACCACCGGGCAGCCAGAGACAACGGAGGAGCCCCUCCUGAUCCAUGGCCUGACUCUGGAGGAGUAUCGGGGCGUUUAUCAUUCCGUGAUAGAUCCCAUGCUACUCACAGCCUCCGGCAACUCACGGCGCUACAGCCUGGAGCUGGGCCGCAUCAUUAAGCAGCGCCUCUGGGAGAGGCUCUUCUGCCCUCAGCUGCACGAGGAGGUGCAGGCCGACGGCCGGGUCAAGAUUACCGAGACCUUCUGCCACCCGGCUCUGUUUCAGCACCCGCCCCUUGUGGAGCUGGACGUCUCUGAUGAGCCUGCACCAGAGCAUGCUGAAAGGAAGCAACCAAGGCCAGGCACACACAAAAGAGGGGGCAAUACUUCAGAAUUCCUAAUGGGUUACAACUUGUGAUUAGUAAUCAUAUUUGUUAUGUUAAAAUGGAAAGAGUUUGCUAUAAAUAUAAAAAGCUUUGCAAAUACAUUUUAUUUAAGCUGAA